AUAUUUGACUAUUGUAUUCACAAACUGAAUUUAUAUUCGAUAAUUCGUGUGAUUUUUAAGGAAUUUUUGGUCUGUUUUCGUACGGGAUUUUGUUAAAAAAUUGCAAAAAAGACUGAAUAAUUCAAUAACAUUCCGCAACUAACCAUGGAGCACCAACAGCUCAUCGAAGAGAUGCCCGUCGUAGAGAGGAUGUCGACGCAGGAGAGGCUCUCCUUGGCGAGGAAGCGCCGAAACCUCCAGCUGAAAGUGUGGCUGCAAAAAGAGAAAGAAUACGGCAGGAAGAGCGGCAAACCACAGAAAUCGAACAAACGCGGCAUCAAUUUCAACGAUAGCGUCGUUCUGUUGGAAGCUGCAGCAAGAAACGACAUCGAAGAAGUCCGUAAGUUGCUACUGAAAAACGUCAGUCCGGAUUCCUGCAACGAAGACGGUUUGACAGCCUUACACCAAUGCUGCAUCGAUAACAACGAAUCGAUGUUGCUGCUUUUGCUAGAGCACGGAGCCAACGUUAACGCCGAGGACAGUGAAAAAUGGACGCCAUUACACGCCGCUGCCACCUGCGGACACCUUAAAUUAGUCAGGAUUCUGAUUUCGAGAGGGGCCAAUCUGCUGGCGGUGAACGCGGACGGCAACAUGCCCUACGACAUCUGCGAGGACGAGGCCACCCUGGACGAAAUCGAGAGCGAAAUGGCGAAGAGAGGAGUCACGCAGCAACUCAUCGACGAGACCAGAGCGGCCACCGAACGGCAAAUGUUGAUAGAUUUGAAGAAGGUAGCGGCGGCCGGCGGCGAUUUGGAGUACUACGACGCCCAAGGGGCGACGCCCUUGCAUAUAGCAGCUGCGAAUGGAUACAUAUCAGUGGUGGAGUUUCUAUUGGAUUGCGGCGUUAGGACCGACGUGAAAGACAGAGAUGAAUGGCAACCCAGCCACGCGGCAGCUUGUUGGGGACACCCCGAAGUAUUAGAACUACUGGCGCAAGCCGGCGCUAAUUUGAACGCGAAGAACAAGCACGACGAGACGCCCUCUGAUAUAUGCGAGGACCGCGAAAUAAAAGAGAGAAUAUUGGAAUUGAGGACCGAGCAGGAGAUUAAGAAACAGAACGAAGCCAAAAGGAAAGUCAGGAGGUCUCAAAGCAAUACGAGAACGCAAUCGGUCAGGCGGACCUCGUUGAGGGAUAAAGGUCUGACGGCCAGAAGGGAUGCCGUAGAGGAAGCCAGAUUGAGGUUACAAGCUGAAACUAAUACUGUAGAACAUAUAGACGUAGGAACGCCGUACAAUCCGGCUGCGAUACCGAAAUCCAUUUUGAACAACAACCAUUUAUCGGAAGUGAACUCGAACUCAAAUAGUGCCGUAGAAGAGAGGAGCCUUCAACUGAUAGAGGAUCGCAGGGGCCCCGAAGGGAAAGACAACGAUUCGGUGGAAGAGAUAGGAAACGUUAACGAAAAUUCCUACACGACAGACGUUAAUGGUAAAGUUACCGUUCACGUCGUGGUUACAAUCAACGGGAACGGUACGUUGGCCGAUUUGAAAAAGCAACGCAUGCAAAUACGAAAUAACAACGCCGAUAAUAACGAUUAUAUGGGGACUCCUCUAGGCAGUAUCGCCGGUACGGACGUGGUUUCCGAUCCAGCUUCGUCCGGUAUGCUCCGGUUAACGGGCGAUACGUCCGACGAAAACGUCGAGUACACGGACUCGCGACGGUGUUGUAUCUUAAUGUGAGAGAAAAUAUGAUUUUAUUUUGGUGUAGUAAUUGUAGAGAAAAAUUAGAAACGUUCCAAAAAUUAUAGUAUCUCGAGUACUUCGGUUCGGAAGUUGUUGCAAAUUUGUGAUAUUUGUGAACUAAUAAUUUUUAUGUUAUUAUUUCCGAACGACUAUUUUUUUUAUGUACAAAGUAAACGAGUGAUAAAACAGCAAUAAAAUUGUACGCGCGCGUAAUUUUUGGAACAAGUUUAGCUCGAAAAUGCAGUAUUUUACCUAUUUUUGCAAUUAACAAUUUGGCUGCCUUGUCCAGUUUAGAAAUUUAAAGUAAAGAAGACAACGUAGAGAAACGAAGCUACUUAGCAGUAUUUUAAUUUCCAUAAGGUUGUGAAACUGGCAAUUUUAUUGCAAAAUUUCCUUUACUGAAAUUGCUCAAAUUUUGUUUUUAGCUCAGAUUUUUACAUUCAUUUCGAAACAACUUUUGCUAUGAGGAAAUUUCGCAGUGGAACUUGUGAUACGUUCCUUAUUAUACAUACUUCCAUAAAUUCCUACAUUGAGUAGUUUUAAUAAUACAUAAUAGCCGUCCUAGCAUUACUAUUGCCUUUUUUAUACAUUGUAUUUAUUUUUUGUUACUGUACAUAAUAGGUAUUUUUCAUUGGUUUUUUAAAAAUAUAUAAAAAUACGCUACCUAUGUAAAUAAAUUAUUUUAUUUAGUUAUUUAAUUUCGAUGUUAGUUUAAUUUUAAUUCGAUUUUGUAGUGCAG